AUGCACAUUCAUCAAUUUGCUCCAACACAUGAAAUUGUGAUCGUUAGACACUAUGAAAAGGAAGAAGAAAGAAUGGUGGCCAUCGAUAAAGAAACAUGGUCAAAUUCCAGUCGUUGGUUUGGAAUUCAGAAAAUUCGCGAAUAUUCUCAACAUCACUCAAAGGAAAGAUUGAAAUCUUCAUGUCAAGUGAGUGGGCAAAUAUAUUUGGUAGUUUUAACUUGUCAGACAUGUGGUGAAACAAAAAGAAUGUCCAUUGAUGAGAUUGAUGAAUAUUUACAACUUCUUAAUGGAAAUUCUAAAGCUCUGCAAUUGGAAAAUGAGAAAAUUCUUGUUCGAUUAGAAACCACUGGAAAUGUCUACCCAUCUCAAACAAAUUAUCCAGUUCCAGUUCAAUCGAUUCAUAACUGCCAUCCUCAUGAUUUUGAACCCACUCCCUAUCUUGUCUUGAUCAAUCUCACUAGGGACACAAAAACCAGAGUCAACACCACUUCCACUCGUAAUGGUAGAGUUAUUGAAGUCAGUACAAGCGAUUCAUGCAAUAAUGAUUCCGUACAAAUUGAGUGGAGAACGAUUCGUUGUAAAAAGUGCGGUUUAUUUAAACCUAUUGAGGUGGAACUUGAAACUUUUAAGCAGUUAGUCUUUAAAGAUCCAAAGGCAAUCCCUUUCUUCCAAAUGUUAACCAAAUGUUUGGAAUAA